UUCAGGAUCAGCCGCGACUCUCUGGGCAACUAUUUCGCUGCCCCAAGGUUCCUCCGCCUGCCGCACGACACGCAGUAUGGCUUGAAGGGUUUCAAUGCCAACAUCAAGUGGUAUGCGUACGGAUACCCAACCCCAAAAGUCAGAUUCAUGAAGAAUGGGCAGCCGCUUGAGGUGGGAGAUAAGACGCGUUUCAAGUACAGCCAGGAGGUGACGGGUGAGAUCUGCCUCUACAUCGAUAGGAUGACCGAGGCCGAUGUGGGCACGUACGAGUGCCUGGUCCGCAACGAGCAUGGCGAGUCACGCCAGCGCAUCAAGAUGGACAUCUGCGAGUACCCACGGGUGCUGGAGCCACUCGAGGAGCUGCACCUCAAGGCCAACUCCUCAGGAAAGAUUGCUUGCAGAAUCACAGGCUUCCCUCCGUGCCAAGUGCAAUGGUUCAGGGACUGGGAACCUAUUGCCUUCACUUAUAAACUCAGGCCGGCGCAGUCGGAGCCAGACUUGUAUUUCCUUCAUAUCAGUGGAUGUCAAAUCAAGGAUUCUGGAUUAUACUCCGUGGCUGCUUCGAAUGUUGCUGGCACAGUUCACAGUUCUUGCAUGGUCCACGUUGAGGAUGACGACAUCGGCUUCUUCUGGAUGGGCCCAGGCUCCGGCCGCAGCGUGACCAUGAACAACCGCCGCGGAACACUAGAGGACCACUACGACGUGGGAGACGAGCUAGGUCGCGGAACGCAAGGUGUCGUCUAUCACUGCGUGGAACACCACACUGGUCGCAACUUUGCUGCUAAGUCCAUGUGGGGCAAGGACCAAUUUAAGGCCUGGAUGCAGAACGAAUUCGAGAUGAUGAACUCUCUCAACUCCUGCAAGCAAAUCGUUCGUUUGUACGAUGCAUAUGAGGGACCCAAGAACAUGGUCCUUGUCACAGAACUAUGUGGUGGAGGAGACCUGCUCGGAACUCUGACUCAGCACCAGUACCUGACGGAGUACGAGGUGUGCCACUACGUCCGCCAGAUCCUGUGCGCACUCGAAUACAUGCACGACCGCUGCAUCGCGCACCUUGGCCUGAACGUUGGAGACAUCCUCCUAACGCGUCCCAAUGGCAUCGAAAUCAAGAUUGGCGACCUCUCCCUCGCCAGAAACAUCCGCAUCAGCAAGGUCGCACCAUUGGACUACGGCAUGCCCGAGUUCGUGGCACCAGAAGUGGCAAACGGCGAGGGCGUGACAUAUGCCGCUGACAUGUGGUCUUUGGGCAUAAUUACGUACCUGCUUCUGUCAGGAACCUCACCAUUCAGGGCCGAGAACGACCGCGAGACGCUGACCCGAGUGAAGAAGGGAGAGAUGAGCUUCGACAUGGAGGCCUUCAGGCACAUCUCGGACGAGGCCAAGGAUUUCAUCGCCAAGCUCCUGCUGUUCAAGCCUGACGUGCGCAUGAAUGUGAAGGACGCCCUCCUGCACCCAUGGAUCAAGAAGUGCCUCGACCCGCCAGCUGAUGCUUAUAAGAUCAACACAGACAGACUAAGGUCGUAUUACGCCAAGUUUAGGGACUGGUAUAGCAACGCCUCGUGCAAGCGCUGGUUCCGCCGCCGCACCCUCGCGUCCUGCUUCACCCAUCCCAGCAAGAUGGUGUAUCCUCCGGGAGAGGUGUACACCCCACCAGAGUCGCCGGAGAGGGACAUCGUUCCUGCUGAGGCGGAGGACUACCACGUGCCUCAAAGAAAAUACUCCUAUGAGCUCGGUCUCAUCAAAAAUGAGAGCCACUACCAGAUGGGCCCCGACACCUACCUGCUUCAGCUGCGCGACGUCGACUUCCCGUGUCGCCUGCGGUCUUACAUGAAGGUGGCAACCGACCGGUCGCCCGCCUUCGCCAUGAGCAUGCGCGAAAACGACUACGACUACACCAGGAUCCCCAUUGUGCACGAACGUCGCCGCUUCACGGACGUCAUGGACGAGGAAAUUGACGACGAGCGGAAGAGGACGGCGCUGGACCGGUACACAGCCGGGUUUGUGAGAAGCAGAAUGGAAACUUGCUCCCUCGAUAUGCCGAGGAGAGUGAAGCAAGAGGUGACAAGCCGUCUCUCCAUUUACGACGAAGUGGUGGCGAAGAAGGAGGGCGCUCACUACGGCACGGCGCCCUUCCUCAGGGAAAAGCCCGACACCUGUGCUAUCACGGACGGCUGCCCUCUCACGCUUACUUGUGUCUUCACCGGCGACCCAGAACCUGUCGUCCAGUGGUUCAAAAAUGACAUCAUCCUGGGCGAAAAUUCGCGGGUGUCCAUCCACACCGCCAAUGGCCGCUCUACCCUCACCUACCAAGAGUGCCAUGACUACGACGUCGGCCUCUACAAGGUAGUGGCCAGGAACACCCUGGGGCAGGCCACCCACCGAUUCAGGCUUGUCCAGGGCCACAUUCCAGGCCCCUGUGACUCUCCCGACGUAUCUGAAAAGUCAGACACCGAGGUCUUGCUUCACUGGACCCCCCCUGCAGAUGAUGGCGGCUCGCAGAUCCUGUGCUACCAUGUGCAAAUGAAACUGCCAGGUGAUACUGAAUGGCUUACGGUAAGCGAUAAUAUCGACCAUGAGUUCUUCCUGGUAAAAGGCCUGACUGAGAAUUCGAUCUACCAGUUCCGAGUUGCGGCAAAGAAUUUCGUUGGUUGGGGAGAUUUCUCGGUCGGCACUGCAGCCAUCAGAACUACUGCUGCGGGAGCCCCGAAGGUACGGACCACACGAGAGAUGCAGAUCCUGCAGCAGGCAACAGAGAGUGGAAAAAUUGUGCUGCCUUUCCUGGAGAAGAAAGAACUCGAUUACAGGAAGGAGACCGACCCCGUCAAACUCAAGUCCGGGGAAAAUGCACAGUUGCAGGUGCGAAAGUACGACAUGAUCGCUGAGCUGAGCCGAGGCAGGUUUUCCGUAACGGCUAAGUGUAUCCGCGCCGACGACCGCCGCCACUUCGCUGCUAAGCUGCUCGAGAACUACGAUCGGGAGGACGUCGUUAGGGAAGAGUUCGAGGUGUUCAAGACGCUGCGCCACGAGAGGAUCGCGCAGCUGUACGAGGCUUACAAUGUGGGUGACGUGACAGUGUUUAUCAUGGAGCAGCUGGCAGGCCUGGACGUUCUCACGUACUUGGCCAGCAAGCGCGAAUACUCGGAGCAGCACGUCGUCACUAUCGCUAUGCAGGUUCUCGACGCCUUGUCUUACCUUCACUGGCGAGGGAUGUGCCACCUAGACCUCCAGCCCGACAACGUAGUGCUCACCACGCCCCGUCGCUGCGACGUCAAAUUAGUUGACUUCGGCAGCACCCAACGCGUCUCUAAACAGGGCUCGACAGUGCCAGUCAAUGGUCUCCUUGACUUCGUAGCGCCUGAGGUUCUAGCCGAGCAGAAAGCCUUCCCUUCGAGCGACAUUUGGUCUCUUGGCGCCCUCAUCUACCUGCUCUUGUCGGGGAAGAGUGCCUUUGGCGGCGUGGACGAAGAGGACACGCACCAGAACAUCCUGCACGUGAGAUAUCGGUACGAACAUCUGGGAAGCAACACGACGCAAGAAGCCAUUCGCUUCCUGAUGCUCAUCUUCAAGAGAGAUCCGAGCAAACGACCAACCUUGGACGACUGUAGGGAACACAAAUGGUUGGUGGAAAAUGACUACAUUGUUAAGAAACGAGAACGAGCUACGUUCUUUGGCAGUCAGCUAAGGGACUUUGAUCUGUCCUACCAUAAGGAGAGAGCAAUCGCUGCCACCAAGUCCCUGCAUCUCCUCACUUAUGGCGGCAAAGAGAUUCCGGCAGCCAUCACUUACGAACCAGAGACGCAAUAACCCCAAUAAGAAAACUGGGAACAAACUUAAGUUUUAAGGUCGUGCUGCUAUCUGCCAAAGAGGAUCUUUGCCCCAACUUUUUUUUCUUCACAUGUUUGUGUCUCUAUUCGAGAAUGUUUGAUUUCGUGUUCUCCGCACGAGUCUCUGAAUGCCAAUGAUCCUGCUUGAGCUGAUUUACCAACUUCAGUUACUUGCAACAGAAGCAGGUUUUAAUACCGAAGCGCUUCCAGUAGAGACACAUUUUACGGCUUGCCUAUAUUACCUUUGGGAGGAGCUUGGCAUACGUUUCCGAUCAUUUGGUGGCAAUACAUGAUCGACUUUAAUUCUUGAAAAACUGUAUAUGAUUACUUUCUUGUGGAAAGCCAAAUCAAUUGCACCCUAAACAUUAUUUUGAAAGAAAGUGAAAUUUGUGGUGUUUCAUCGCCAGCUUUUAUGUAAGAAAAGGGUUAUCAUGGGCGAGAAAGUACAAGAAUGGUUGGCCGUUCUGAUUUUAUUUGAAUGUUCUUUGUUUAUUUUCAGAUUUAAAUAAAUGAGAGUUAUAUUGACAGUAGAACAAGUAGGAUAUAUGAGAUACUCACUAUAUUAUGGGCUAAAAAGUAUAUGAUCUUGCAAAUUAUUUGGAAUAUGUAAGUAUUUGAUUUUUUGUGUUCACAGCAGUACAUUUUCUUUGUCAUCGUAGAAUGUUAUUUUAGUUAAAGAUUAUAUUCAAUUUGCUUCUGGAAUUUAUUAAUGCAAGUUUAUCUCUAGUUUAUCUUUAUUUUAUUGUUUCGUGAGACUGUCAGUAUUCCAGAGUUAGAGAUAAGAAUUUAUAUAAUUUGGUGCUUUUGGUGAAACCCGUCUUUGGAAGAAUAUAGUUUAGUGUACUGCAUUGACAUGGAAAAUGUAUGCAUUUUUUCUUGGAAAAAACAUAACUUGCAUACAUGCACCCAACGCUGGGUGUGCGAAAUCCCAUCUUUUUUGUCUUUGUCUUGUUCAUCUCAGUAGAUUCAGGAUAAGGCUUCGGUACACGAUAUUAUGACCACAGUGCAUUAGAGUAGAGUAAUGUUGUUUUCGAAAGUUCUUUGAGUAAUCUACUUUUUUGGUGAACCCAUAUAUAACGAUCCAUUAAAAGCCUCUGCCGUAUAUUUUUUUCUGAUGUGCAUAUGAUAGUUGUAGUCACCCAUAAUAGUCUGUUAACUGUAUUGUUUGUCACAUGUUUGAGGUUGUUUGCCUUUUCUUUUGCUGACGUUCUUCGACGUCAUAGUCAGUCGUGCUGAUGAAGGGCCGGCUGGCCAAUGAUUUUGAGGAAACUAGUGUAAUGUUGUACAGAUUAUUGGUAUCGUCUGAUUUUGAGGAAUAUAAAGCUUUCAUUAU